UUCUUCUAAUUUAAAAGAUAAUGAAGUUGUCUUCUCACAAGUGGCUGAUUCUCAUUUGAAAAUUUUUAUGGUUGGCCUUCCCUUCUUUGAAUGCUUUUGAAGUUGGAGAAUAAUUGGUAGUGCGGUUUCUCUUAAUUUAUGGAAAUACAGAUGACCAGGGAGUGAAAGAGAGAAAAAAGCAAUUUUCAGCAUUUUUGUGGAAUUUUACUAUGGAUCCCGAGUCUGGAAAAAGCGACGAUCAUCAAAAGAAGGUUUCGUGGAAGGCCGUCUUGCUUCUGGCAUAUCAGAGUUUGGGAGUCGCGUAUGGUGACUUGAGUAUUUCUCCUCUAUAUGUUUACAAAUCCACAUUUGCAGAAGAUAUUGAACAUUCUGAUUCGAAUAUAGAGAUUUAUGGUGCGCUUUCCUUUGUUUUCUGGACCCUUACCCUUCUCCCUCUGUUCAAAUAUGUCUUCAUAGUUCUUAGAGCAGAUGAUAAUGGCGAGGGUGGUACUUUUGCUCUAUAUUCCUUGAUAUGCAGACAUGCAAAUGUCAGCCUUCUGCCAAAUAGGCAGCUUGCUGAUGAACAACUUUCUACAUACACAAUAGAGCCCCCAACUGAAACAGAAACUAAUUCGAGAAUCAAAAUUUUGCUGGAGAAGCAUAAAAACUUGCACACUGUUCUUCUUAUAGUAGUAAUGCUUGGUACUGGUAUGGUGAUUGGAGAUGGAGUCCUGACUCCAACUAUGUCAGUUUUCUCAGCAGUUUCAGGACUUGAACUUUCAAUGUCAAAGCAGCACCACGAAUAUGCGGUGGUUCCUAUCACCUGCUUCAUAAUUAUGUGUCUUUUUGCACUUCAACAUUAUGGCACUCACCGGGUUAGUUUCCUAUUUGCCCCCAUCAUAUUGGUCUGGCUGAUUUGCAUCAGUGCACUUGGCAUAUACAAUAUUGCUACGUGGAACCCAAGCAUCUUCCAGGCCCUUUCUCCAUACUAUAUGUUCAACUUUUUGAAAAAAACAAAGAAAGGUGGCUGGAUGUCAUUGGGGGGGAUCUUGUUAUGCAUCACAGGAUCAGAAGCAAUGUUUGCAGAUCUUGGCCACUUCUCAUACUUAUCCAUGCAGAUUGCAUUCACAUUGAUAGUCUAUCCAUCACUUAUUUUGGCGUAUAUGGGUCAAGCUGCUUAUCUAUCAAAACAUCAUAUGAUUGAUUCUGGCUACAAAAUUGGAUUUUAUGUUUACGUUCCAGAAGUGAUCAGAUGGCCUGUGCUUAUAUUGGCAAUCUUUGCUGCUGCAGUUGGAAGCCAGGCAAUCAUUAGCUGUACCUUCUCCAUCAUAAACCAGAGCCAAGCUCAUGGUUGCUUCCCAAGGGUUAAGGUCAUUCACACAUCUGACAAGAUAAGUGGUCAGAUUUAUAUACCAGAGAUCAAUUGGAUACUUAUGAUCCUAUGCAUAGCUGUUGCUGUUGGGUUUAGAAACUUGAAGCACUUGGGAAAUGCACAAGGUCUAGCGUUGAUGACAGUAAUGCUGGUAACCACAUGUCUCACAUCCUUGGUCAUGAUCCUAUCCUGGAAAAGAUCCCCUCUUCUAGCUCUAUCCUUCCUCAUAUUUUUUGGCUCCAUUGAAAUUUUCUACUUCUCUGCUUCUCUCACAAAGUUUCUUGAUGGUGCUUGGCUACCAAUCCUUCUUGCCAUCCUUCUCAUGUCCAUCAUGUUCAUCUGGCAUUAUGCUACAACUAAGAAGUAUGAACAUGAUUUCCAAAACAAAGUGUCAAUUGAAUGGCUCUUGGCCCUGGGUCAGAACAUUGGAGUUGCACGUGUACCUGGAAUCGGCCUUGUGUACACUGAUCUUAUUUCUGGAGUUCCUUCAAACUUCUCCCGUUUCAUCACUAACCUUCCUGCCUACCACCGCAUCGUCGUCUUCGUUUGCAUCAAAUAUGUACCUGUCCCAUUUGUGCCUCCUGCUGAAAGAUACCUUUUAGGCCGUGUCGGGCCUGAAGAACAUCGAUCGUAUAGGUGCAUUGUUCGAUAUGGGUAUCGUGAUGUGCACCAGGAUGUGAACUCUUUUGAGACCGAACUUGUAGCUAGCCUUUCCGACUUUAUAAGGAUGGAAGCGAAGUAUGACAGUGGCCAUGAAAGACAAUCAAUGGAUGAAGCUGAUAGAAGACUAACAGUUAUUGGAAGUUCUUGUAUCAAUGAGAUAGAAGAAACCUUUGGCUUUGGUAGUGUGUCUGUGGAAUUGUCAAGCAGUGAGAGCAAUGCAGAGAUAAAACCUGCAGUAGUUGGCAAGAAGGUGAGAUUCUUGAUAGAGGAGAGAAGCGGUCCGAGUUUGGUUAGCCCAGUGAGUGAAGAGCUUAAUGAUCUAUAUGAGGCAUGUGAGGCUGGCACUGCAUUCAUUCUGGGGAAUUCACAUGUAAAGACAAAGCCAGGUUCACACAUCUUCAAGAAGUUUGCAAUAGACAUUGGUUACAACUUCCUGAAAAGGAACUGCCGUGGCCCUGAAGUAGCUCUCCGUGUGCCUCCAGCUUCACUUCUUGAAGUUGGCAUGGUCUAUGUGUUUUGAAGUUGUGUACUGUAAACAAUUCAUUCUGUGUCUAAGGUUUCGUUUUGGGACGGUUUUCUUAUACUUCUUAAAGCAAUUUUUUAGUACAAAAAUUAAAUUUUUUGUGCUAGAAAGAUAAUUUAAGAAACAGUAAAAAAUCCGUCCCAAACAAAGCCUAAAACGCGCCUUCUAACUUGUAAUUUCCCCCUAGAAGCCCAAUUGGGAAGGCAGGUGCUGUAGUUCCGGCCUUGAAAUUGUAAAUUUAUUAGAGCGGGACAGCUUGAUUCAUCAGUUUGCAUCUGCUUGGUGAGAGGUGAUGUCAGGAGAAAAUAGAUUACCUUUCAUUCUCCAAUCCCUUGCUACCCCUGUACACAAUUUCUAUGUUAUAUAGGCCUCGUUUGGUUGGCUGUAAGUUAUAUAUUUCCAAUUUCAAUAGGCGAAAAAAUUAUUAUUUUA